CAUUACCCAUACUACCACCACAUCCUCUAUUCAUACUUCCUUCCUCCAUCUACCAACCCUCACUACCACCACCCGUCACUACAAACCUCUCCCAUACAUACAUACAUACUACUACAUCUCCAAAAAUGGAACUGCAAACUCCCACCCCCAAAUCCAUCCUCCUCAUCAACGGCCCCAACCUCAACCUCCUGGGCACCCGCGAACCCCACAUCUACGGCAGCACCACCCUCUCCCAAAUCGAGUCCUCAUGCGCCGACCUAGCCACCUCUCUCUCCUGCACAUUCGCCUCAUUCCAGUCUAACCACGAGGGCGCCAUCAUCGACCGCAUUCACGCCGCGCGGGGCUCCGUCGACGCGAUCAUCAUCAACCCCGGCGCAUACACACACACCUCCGUCGCGAUCCGGGAUGCGUUGCUGGGUGUAUCCAUUCCGUUCAUCGAGCUGCACGUGAGUAAUGUGCAUGCGCGGGAGGAGUGGAGACAUAAGAGCUUUUUCAGUGAUAAGGCCAGUGGGAUUAUUGUGGGUUUGGGCGUGCAAGGGUAUAGGGUUGCGGUUGAGUAUGUGGCGAGGAAUUGGGCGCCGUUGAAGAAGGAGGGGGGAAAGUUGUGAUUGUAUAGAGAUUCUACCUUUUCAUCUUCUACUUUUUUAUGAGAAUUGAGGGUGUGGUGGAGGAAAAGCUUGUUAUGUAUGGUAUGAUAUGGGUAUACUAUCGGUGCAAUAUGCAUAUAUGUACAGUUCAGGUCGUCGUCACUCAUCGUGGCUUUGCUAAGAAGCCAGCAUUCUCUUUUCUUCUUCCAUUCCUUUGGAUGGGUCACUUCGUCAGGUGAAGUGAUACUGGGCCGUAUAUCAUAUCUACAAUGACCAUAUUCUCUCUUUCAGUGCUGUUUGAAGAGAGAGGUAGAGCGGAAUAUGGAUCGGCGGUUGCAGCCUGUCUGCCGUCGGAAGUUAAUAUCAAGGAUUUAAUGGAUAGCA